AUGGCCGCCGGAGUUGUCGUUACACAGGUGCAUCGGGAUGAUUUGGAGGAUGCCGACGAGUUCGUCUCCCCCUCACUCAAUAUAAGCGGGCGCAAGAAGAAGAAAAAGGAUAAAGAGAAAAAUCGUCAAUCCUCCUCGCGUACAAAGCCGCCGAGAUGGGGGCGCUGGAUGCAGUCGUUCUGCUGCUGCAUGACUCCACAGCAGGAAAUUGAACCGGUUCGCACCAACCGCGGCCCAUUGAUACCAGUGGUCGGAGGCCCCGGCGGGUCCCCGAACGGCAGCACCUCGUCGACCCAAAAGCUGCAGAACAACAACCAGGGCGAACACUCGGCGGCUCCCACCCCCAUCCAGCGGAAGCCGUCCACCGGCGUCGAGAAUUUGAUCACGCAGGUGAACAGAGAUGGAACGAUCACCGUGCCCCAACCGACUGAUGCCCAGAAAUCCGAGUCGGCAAACAUUGUCAAGGCUCAUCAACAGGCCCACCAAAUCACGCCCAACGGGAUCCCCGUGACACACAACAGCCAGGGCAGCCUGCAGACGUUCUUCGACAACUUGAAGCCAAGCGAGAAGCUCUUGCUGCCCCCGAUCCGUCAGCGUGACAUCAACAAGAAGUGUCUGGUGAUCGACUUGGACGAGACGUUGGUCCACUCCUCGUUUAAGCCAGUGAAAAACCCGGACUUUGUCAUCCCGGUCGAGAUAGACGGGUGCAUACAUCAGGUCUAUGUGCUCAAGCGCCCAUUCGUCGACGAAUUCCUUGCCCAUGUCGGGGAGAAAUUCGAGUGCAUCUUGUUUACCGCCAGCCUUGCCAAGUACGCCGACCCUGUUUCUGACCUCCUCGACAAGCGCAACGUGUUCCGGUCGCGGCUGUUCCGCGAGGCCUGCGUGUUCCACAAGGGAAACUACGUGAAAGAUCUGGCUCGACUCGGGCGUGACCUGAACAAGACGCUGAUCAUGGACAACUCGCCGGCCAGCUAUGCAUUCCACCCUGAAAAUGCUAUCGCCGUCCAGACGUGGUUCGACGACCCGCACGAUUCCGAGCUGCUCGAAGUUUUGCCGCUCUUGGAUCGGCUUGCCGACUGCGAAUCCGUGUACACCGUACUGCGGCGGAGCGAAUCCCCGGAUCCCCGAUCGGAGCGCAGCUCAUCC